CAGGACUACAAUUGUGAGGCCGUCAAAAAACGUACGUAUCUGCAAGAAUGUAUGUUCUAUCAAGCUUUUCAAGAAGUAUAAAUAGUAGGAAAUCCACCAACCUUUCCGAUUUCAAUUCAUUACCAUUCGCCUUCUCACUAAGAUCAUAUAAAUCUUUUAUUUUCUUCUGAUUUAAAUUCUCAAAAUGUCCUCAAAGAUCAUCCUCACAACAGGCAGCAAUCGCGGAAUAGGUUUCUCCAUCGUUCAAGCUCUCAGUCUCCGCUCACCUCAAAACACCUACAUCCUUGCCUGUCGCUCUCCCACAUCCGGACAAGAAGCCGUCAAAGAACUGCAAAAUCUGGGAGUGAAAGCAAAUCUCGAUGUCAUCGAGCUAGAUAUCAUCAACGAUGAGACAAUCAUCAAUGCUGCAAAAUAUGUUGAGUCGAAAUACGGACGAUUGGACGUGCUGGUAAACAACGCAGGCAUAGCCCAACGCCCAAAGUCUGACUCGUUACACGAUAUCCGAGAAAACUUCGCAACAACAUUCAACGCAAACGUAUCCUCCAUCCUAGCAACAAUCACCACUUUCCUCCCUCUGCUGCGAAAAUCCCAAUCGCCUCGAGUAAUUAACGUCAGUUCAGGCCGGGCAAGUAUCACCAGGAGCGCGACUGGAAAGUUGCCUCCUACGGCAGUAGUGAGUUAUGGUGUUAGUAAGAGUGCAUUGAAUGCUUUGACGGUCGAGUUGCAGAGAGCGGAGGAUGUGAAUGAGGGUGGGAAGGUGGAGUACUUUACGAUUAAUCCAGGGCAUUGUAAGACUGCUUUUAACGGGUUUAAGGGAGCGAAGGAUCCACUUGAUGGUGCGGAGGUGGUUGUUCAGCUGGUCGUCAGUGAGAGGGGGAUGUGGAAGAAAGGGGCAUUUUGGGAAUUUGAGGAGGGUGGGAUGAGGGAAGUUCCUUGGUAG